AUGACGGGCAACACUAGUCCCACCACCUCACCUACUCGACACCAUCAUGGGCCCGCUCUCCUUCCCAAGAUCCGCCCUCAGGACAUCAUCAUCGAGCCAAUCUCUGUCGGAGGACCCAUACGAAAUCGCCGAGUGCUGUCAAACACUCGCAAUCCACCUGGAUUUGUGCCAUAUCCCAGUCGGCCACCAGUUCAGCGCCGCAGAGAAUAUGCGCCGGAGCAGCUUCCUUUGGCUUCUCCGAUCUCCCCUAUUGUCACCAGCGGCCAUGGUAGCUACUCAGCUCUGUCUUCCCCGGUGACGGUCAAUCCGUCUCAGAGGCGGAAAGUAGGUGGAGGACACUCCCGGUCUAUGUCGACUUCCGGGAUCGAUGAGGCCACUUUGAAUAGAUACGGUUACCCAACCUACCGGCAGCUUCCCAAGUACGUACCUGCGCCGCAAUCGCAGACGGUGCCCAACACACCUGCUACUCCAGUGACCCCAGUCACCCCCAACAUCGUUGUUCAUCCCUCUUACUCCCAACGUCACACAAUCAAAGUACCUCAGCUUUCGCCGGUCCGAGCUCCCAACCCCUUGACUGUCCAGCCACCUCAGUACCGAUUGCUCCACACAUCCGAAAGUCAGCAGUCGCCUGUGGCGCUGCUGAGCCCCCAAGAGGACCUUACUCCGCCGUCGACAAACCUGAUCUCGUAUUUGACUUCCCCCACCCAAGCAAUCAAUCUGGUUCGCAAUGUGAGUGUUGUGCCCACUAGGGGUAUGCAUGACUACUUCUGGUGGGAUAUUCGCAACCUGCGCAAUUGGACUUCCUUCUCGAUUCCAACUUUUGAUUCUAUUCGCGGUCUCACUCAACUACUGAAAACCGAGAUUGCGAGCUCUCUUGUUCCACCCGUCAGUGUUCUUCCCAGUCGACUAUCACCAGAGUCAGAGCCUGCUCUGGUCAGCCUGAUCAGAGAUCUCUAUGCUCCGCGUGUGAACGCCGCACUUGCAGUGUCCCAGGGCUCGGAGCAUCUGCGGCUUUACGCUGCUCCGGAUAUUCGACACACCGGUCAUAAGAAUCACGGUCACCCGCACUUUCUCGCCAAUUACGCUUCGGACACGGAACACACUAGCGCUGGACUCCCACGCGGUCGGCUGGUGGGCAUCGUCAAGAGCUUUGAUCGGUGGAAUUCCGGUAUGCGCAACGAGGCUCCACACCGACGGGUCGAGUAUCUCAACGGAUUGGCACAUCUCCAGCGCUGCAUGCGCGAACACUCAUGUCGAUAUGGCUUUAUUAUCACCGAGAUUGAGCUCGUCUGCGUGCGAGCCGGCUGCGAUGUCGGUGACGAUAUCCCUUACUUUGGCUAUCUCGAGAUAGCCACACCGAUCCCUCUCAAAACAGCCGUGAACACCUCACACACUGGAUCCUUAGAAGUUCCUCCCUUGGGAACGCCGAUUAGCGCACGAUCCUUCUCGUCUUCCUCAUAUGGAUCUUCGCAAUACCCGCGCCCGGAUUCGCCCGGCCCUGAGAGUUCAGAGGAAGGUUUCGAUACUCCCAUGACGGCGAGCAUGGCGUUGUACUUCCUUCUCAUGCUGUCCAAAUCCGUGCCCCUACCGCACCAACCAUCUGCCCACCUCAACGUUGGUGGACCAGGCGCACUUACCCGGCAGCGAAUUCUUUCUGAGCCCAAGGACAAAUGGAUUCCAGAGCCACAAAUUGGUGAGCGCCGCGACGCGAAGCGGGUUCGAGGCUGGGUCUGGCCUACUGAUGCAUGGCAUCGCCGGGAAGGUGGUGGUGUCCCACGGACAAGAGCCGCGAAGAAGUGGCAGCAGUGA